AUGAAAAAGUUGAGCAAUGUCGAAUGAUAAAUGCAGUUGGAAAUGAAUGUGAAAAAGUAGGUUAAUCAUAGAACCUUCACAAAGACCUAGAGAUAUCGGCAGCAAUGGCGACCGAAGAGGAAAGUGCAGUGAAGGAGCCUCUGGAUCUCAUUAGGCUCAGUCUUGACGAGCGUAUCUACGUCAAACUUCGUUCUGAUCGUGAACUCCGUGGCAAGCUCCAUGCUUACGAUCAGCAUUUGAACAUGAUUCUUGGGGAUGUUGAAGAGAUUGUUACGACUGUUGAGAUUGAUGACGAAACUUAUGAAGAGAUUGUCCGGAGCACAAGGCGAACGGUUCCAUUCCUUUUCGUUAGAGGAGAUGGUGUGAUUUUGGUAUCUCCUCCAUUGCGAACUGCUUGAGGGUGGGUUCGGUAUCACAUUUAUAUAUUUAUCAGGUGAGAGGUGAUAUCAACAUAUGCAGCAGCCCAUCUCUGUAUCUCUAACCCCCAACUCAAUGUAUUACCAACAAUUGAAAUUGAUUUGAUGCUAGUUUUUGUGCAUUGAACGAAGCAGACUUUCUUUACCUUUCCAUUGGUGGUUUAGUUUUCUUUAACAAAAUGGUGGGGUUUAUAUUGUAUUACCAUAAUUACAUUAUUUAUGAUUAAAUUUUAUCA